AUGGUCGAAGCCUCGUCCAAGUUGGUCGUAUUGGUUGCUAAUGGUAGCGGUGGUAAUGGUAACGGUGGUGGUGGUAAUGGUGGUGGUGGUGGUGGUGGACGAAAGAGAAAGCCGGAGAUGGUGUUGCGGUCUCGUAGGAUUAGUCUCCCCGUCGGUGGAGAGCUGCCUUUCUGCACGGCAAGCGGAUAG